CCUUAAAGAUACCAAUAUGAGUUGCUUCAGUUUCUUGAAGGUCAUGAUGGUUUUGUUUAACCUGGCCAUAGCUCUUGGUGGGGCAGCACUCCUGGGCAUUGGCAUCUGGGUCAGUGUUGACAGCACCUCUUUUGUCAACCUGUUUGGCCCAUUGUCCUCCAACGUUUUGCAGUUUGUGAAUGUGGGCUAUCUCCUUAUUGCCAUUGGAGCUGUCCUAUUUGCACUGGGCUUCCUAGGAUGCUGUGGAGCUCAGAAAGAGAGCAAGUGUCUUUUGAUCACGUUCUUCUCCAUUAUCCUGAUCAUCUUCAUAAUUGAAGUUGCUGCUGCAGUGGUGGCUCUGGUCUACACGUCUGUUGCAGAAACUAUAUUACAAGGAACAGUAACCCAGGCAUUGAAAAAAGACUAUGGAAAGAAUAAAGAAGUUACAGACAUCUGGAAUAAGACUAUGGAAGAAUUGGAAUGUUGUGGCUUAAUGAACUACACAGAUUUCAAUAACUCAUACUACCUUGACCAUUACCGCCAAUAUCCACCAUUCUGCUGCAAAAACAACACGGACUGCAAUGCGGAAUUGGCUCAUAUGGCCAAUAUAACAGGCUGCUUUCCCAAGUUGCUGUCUAAAAUACGUUCAAAUGCUGGUGUAGUGGGAGGAGUAGCAGCUGGGAUCUGUCUGCUGGAGAUUGCAGCCAUGGCUGUAGCAAUGUACCUGUACUGUCGUCUAGAUGAGAAGUGACUAGGAUAGAAGCCUAGGAAGACCACAAACCAGGAGGCAAGAGAAUGGCACACCUAGCAACCUUUUCUGAACUGUGUCUACAACAAUCAAACAUUUCUUGGACUUGAGGCAUCUCAUAUGAUUAAUUUAUUUGACUCUAUCAAACUGGAAUCUAUAGUAUGUAUAUGAAUGAAAAGUGGUUUGAUAUGAAAUUUUUGUGAUGCGAAGAGCUCUUGUUUUGAAAGCCAGAGAUAAGGGGCCAAAGGCUAAAAGGAAGACAGUGCUUCUCCCUUUCAGAAGUUGACUUUACUGCAAAGAAGUUUUGUGUUAGUUAGAUACCUGGCAUCCUGAGACUAGUAUGAAAUCUCUGUGUUUCUGGGAGAAUGAAUGGUUUGUGCUGCUGAUGGUUUAAAUAGGUUUCCAUUCCUAUGUAAACCUAACCCCCAGAUGGUAUAAAUGGGAGUCAAUUGCACUUCUGGGUAUAAAUAUCAGCCUAAGGCAAACUGGUAAAACAAAAAUCUCCCAGCUGUUGGGAUUAGUACUGCAUGGCUAGAAGACAGAAACAGUUCUUCUCUGCAUGUCAGUGCAUGGGGGAAUUGAUUGUGCCUGGCAUUUCUCCUCCUUCCUCUCCCUUCUCCCAGUAUAAUAAUUGCAACGAACUAGUCUGUCUGGGCUUCUGGAUAAGCUGACCAUCUCUGAAGGGAGCUCCACCUAUUGUAUAUUGUCAGUUCUCUAUAUAGGUAUUUUUUUACGCUUUGUGGAUAUAACUUAAUUUAUAAUCUAAUUAAAAUUAUACUUUUGCACAUUGACUACUGCAAUAAAAUCUACUUUUUAAUGAA